AUGAAAUACCAGCUGUAUCACCAUGCAGAGGGCUACGACUCCCCUGAAAAUGGAAUCACCCGUCUGCCGUGGGUGUCGGCCUGUAAGCCGGAAAAGAGGUUCCUGGACGUUGAAGUGCCCCACGGCACCUUUGAGAGGCGAUGUGUUGGUGGUAGCAGUGGUUGUAGUAGUGGUGGUAGUGGUAGGUAUAGUAGUGUUAGUGGUGGUGGUGGUGGUACUGGUAGUAGUGGUGGUGAUAUUGGUAGUGGUAGAAGUGAUAGUGUUAGUGGUGGUUGUAGUAGUAGUAAUGGUUGUGAUUGUGGUAGUGGUAGAAGAGGUGGUUGUAGUGGUAGUGGUGGUGGUAGUGGUUGUUGUUUUGGUGGUAGUGGUCGUAAUAGUAGUGGUAGUAGUAGUUAG